AUGGUGUCGAAGUUCCGAAAAGGGGCACCCAAAACUCGAACGGGAUGCAUAACGUGCAAAAUCCGGCGUAUUAAAUGCGAUGAGAAGAAGCCUUCCUGUCAGAGGUGCGUGUCCACAGGGAGAAAAUGCGAUGGGUAUAAUCCGCCCAAGGAACCCACACCCAGGAAGACCAAGCGGCUGAAAAAGUCAGCCGUGGUUCCGGUUCCAGCGAAACAAGCCUUGUCGGCUUUAGUCACUACCUACAUUCCCUCGGUUGACAUCCAAGCAAGCGUGGAUGAGCGUCGGAGCUUCCAUUACUUUCGGUCCCGAAACCUUUCAAGCAUGCCUGGUAACUUCGAACCGUAUUUCUGGAAUAUUAUUCUCCUGCAAUUCAGCCAUGCAUUCCCCACAGUGCAGCAAUCUUUAAUUGCCUUGAGCGCAAUAUACGAG